GGUGAUCCUGACAGUUUACCUCAAUGACACCCAGCAGAUGCUUACUGAGGUCCCGGUUACUCCGGCAACCAGAGUGAUUGACGUUGUGGAAUACUGUAAAGAAGCCGGAGAGGGGGAGUGUCACCUCGCUGAAGUAUGGAACGGACACGAGCGUGUUCUCCCUCAGGAGAUCUUACUGUUGGAUCUGCUCCAGCAGUGGGGGGGCAGGAGGCCGGAGGUCAGCUUCUACCUCAGACACUGCCCCUCCUGGUCACAAGGAAGUCCGCAGCUUUUGGAGCAGAGCUGGGCCCAAGAAAGAAGCAGAGAGUGCUGAUGACAAGGU